AUGGAAGGACCCCCACAUAAUACAGAUAAAGCCGGGCUGGGAACAAGGAAACCUCAGGGUUCCAACCUGGCCAGCUGCAUCACCGUGGGACAGGGUGACCAGCUCCCUCUUGUAAGGGCUGAGUCAGCUCGCAGCCUUGAAACUGGCCACAAACAGUCACAGAUCACCCCCUACCCGGUGCUCCUCUCUCCUGAGUCAUACAGGUGGCCGUCAGAAGCGACCCCCGAAAACGGAAAGCCCAUUCCAGUGUCGACCUCCCCCGUGCCCACCGCUGGAGUUUCUGGAGCCGCUGACCUGUGUCGCCUACCUCUCUGGUCUUGUCCUGGCAACAGCCGUCAGGUCUCUUCUCGGAACAAAGAGCAGAAACGCGAGGGGUGGAGUGAGGGCUCAGAAGGGGCUGCGGUGUUACCUUGCUGUACCCGGGAACCCGCGGCGGCGAGGUCAGGGGCGCAGGGACCACCCGCGCUCUCCGCGCCGCCUCCUCGCCGCGACUCAGCUGUCGUCCCGCAUCUGGCUCGCGCCCUCCGCUGGGCUCUGCAGCUGGUCACCCAGCGCUGGGCGAGAGCCUCGGGUCACCUGCGGCCGGGCCCUCGAGCGGCGCUGGCCGGCGGCGCUCCCUCCGCCCCUUCCCACCGCGCCUGGCGGGUCCGUGACUCAGCCGGGGCCGGGCGCGCGCGCCGCCCGCGGAGGCCGGGCGCGUCCAGGCGGGAGGCACGGCCCUGCCACCCGCCCCAGAGGCGCUCGGCCUCCCGCCCGCCCCAGCACGUGUCCGUCUGUCUGGCGCUCUGUCCGGCCGCCUCGUCGGCGGGUCCAAAGACCGCUGAGUUUGUAAUUGGCCCAAAGGGAAGCUGUGUGAGUUCUGGGAGUCAGAACAGAAGCAGCUGUCAUUAUGUUCUGGAGGUUAUCGUUGGACCCAGGGGUGCUGCUGCAUUCCAGUUUCUUCUUGCUCUUUCCUCCUUCCCGAUGCUGGCCUUCCGCACCAGAAGUGACCCCAGGCCUCCACUGGACACUUUGCUGACAACUCAGAGGUGGCAGCCAUGA